AUGCUGCGGUGCCACGUGGUCGCCGUCCGCAUUCCCGGGGCCACCGGCUUCGGUCCCGGUGUCCUGCUGUCCGUCUGCUUCCGAGGUGUCCCCAGGAGAACCCAGGUGGUGCCCGAGGAGCGCAGCCUCACCUGGAAUGAGGAGCUGGUGUGGCCGCUGCACACGCGUCCCCUGAGCGCCACGGACACGCUGGGCCUGCGCCUGCGGCGUGGGGACUGCCUGCUGCCCCAGGGGGACCUGGGUGCCACCACGGUGUCCUUGGGCGAGCUGGUGGCCAACCCCAGCCUGCCGAUGGCCGUCAGGGACAUCCCGCUGCUGGACCACCGGGACCGGCCCACGGGGUGCACCGUCACCCUCCGCUGCUACCACGACCCGCACGGCGCGGCCGGGGACGUCCCUGUCACCACCGAGCGCGGCCAGGUGGCCCUGGAGCCGCCGGGGGUGGCACCCGAGGAGAGCAAAGAGGAUUUCCAGGUGCGGGUGAGGGUCAUCAAGGGCCGCCAGCUGCGGGGCAAUGCCAUCAAACCCGUGGUGAGGGUGCACAUCGGGAAGCAGAACUUCCGCAGCCGCAGCCAGAGCGGGAACAACCCCUACUUCAACGAGGUGUUUUGCCAGGAUUUCCACAUGACGCCGGAGCAGCUGGUGGCGCUGCCCAUCCAGAUCCAGGUGCUGCGUUCACCAAACAUCUGCACCAAGCCCGUCAUCGGCGUCUUCGAGCUCGAUGUCGGCACCAUCUACUCUGCCCCAGGGCGCAGCCUGAGCGGGAAGUGGCUGAGCCUGCAGCACCCGCGGCACCGCGACGGCCGCUCGCAGGGCUUCCUGCAGGUCAGCCUGGUGGUGCGCCGCGCCGGAGAGCGCGCCCAGGAGCAGGAGGUGCCGGCGGGGGACGAGGAUGUGGAGGCCAACCUGCUGCGGCCACCGCCCUGCGCCACCACGCUGCAGAUCCGCGUGUUCCGCGGCGAGGACCUGCCGCGGGGUGGGGACAGCGGGGCGUGGGGGUGA